AUGGCUGCUUUACCCCCUGAAAGGACCACACUUUCUCGGCCUUUUACGAAUACAGGUAUCGAUUUUGCAGGUCCUUUUGACCUCAAAACUUAUGCAGGUCGUGGUUGCAAAGUUACAAAAGGCUAUGUGUUGGUAUUUGUAUGCUUUGCUACUAAAGCAAUCCACCUCGAAGCCACAAGUGAGAUCUCUACACAGGCAUUUCUAGCAGCAUUUGCACGGUUCUUCUCUCGCCGAGGAUCACCGAACGCAUUAUAUUCCGAUAACGGAACCGCCUUUGUCGGGGCUUCCCACAUUCUGGACUCUGAUAAAAGUCAUUUCAUCUCUUUAGUACGUCAAAAAUUGCUGGAUCAACACAGUUUCGCUUCGUUAGAAUGGCACUUCAUUCCACCUGGUGCGCCUCAUAUGGGAGGCCUCUGGGAGGCAGGUGUCAAAAGUUUUAAAAUACAUUUUAAACGAAUUUCUUACAAUCAGAGUUUCACAUUCGAAGAAUUUUCCACCCUGUUAGCCAGAAUCGAAGCUUGUCUAAACUCAAGACCACUUUGUCCCAUGAGUGAAAACUCCGGUGACAUUUGUGCGCUCACUCCAGGUCAUUUUCUUAUAGGCGAUCCUUUAUUAUCACCCCCAGAGCCUGAUCUAAGAGAUCAUUCCUUAACUUACGUAAAUCGUUGGCAAAAACUUAAAGUUCUGCAUCACCAUUUCGCUACAAGAUGGAAAGAAGAAUACUUAAAGGAACUCCACAAACGUUUUAAGUGGAAAUACCCCCAGCGAGACUAUGCUAUAGGUGAUCUUGUCGUUAUAAGGCGAGACAACUUACCCCCUAAUAAAUGGCGACUUGGUCGCAUUGAAAAAGUUAUCCCCGGUAUUGAUAGUAGAAUACGAGUCGCCGAAGUACGAACUGCCAAUGGCAUCGUAACAAGGCCUAUUGUAAAACUAGUAUUACUCCCUAACCCCGAACAAAAUUAA